AUGGACAGUGGGAGGUUGGAAGGAUUCAGCAAGCUGUGCUUGCUCCUUGUGUCGAGCCUGACCUGGCGCCCGAGUUUGUCCCAGAGCGUCUCUCCAGCGCUGAAGCAACAUACCAAUGAUAAUAUCACCAUCUUUACCCGAAUCCUGGAUGGUCUGCUGGAUGGGUACGAUAACAGACUGCGGCCAGGACUAGGAGAAAGGAUCACGGAGGUUAAAACGGAUAUCUACGUUACGAGUUUUGGCCCAGUCUCAGACACUGAAAUGGAGUAUACGAUAGACGUAUUCUUCCGCCAAAGCUGGAAGGACGAGCGCCUGAAGUUUAAGGGACCGAUGCAGCUACUGUCUCUCAAUAACAUGCUAGCGAGUAAGAUCUGGACGCCAGACACCUUCUUUCACAAUGGCAAGAAAUCGGUAGCUCACAACAUGACCACCCCUAACAAGUUACUCCGGCUGGUGGAGGAUGGUACUUUGCUCUAUACCAUGAGGUUAACCAUUUCUGCCGAGUGUCCUAUGCAACUUGAAGAUUUUCCAAUGGAUGUUCAUGCCUGCCCCCUUAAAUUUGGAAGCUAUGCUUAUCCAACCUCGGAGGUCAUUUACACAUGGACGAACGAAACUCACAAAUCGGUGGUUGUGGCAGAAGAUGGAUCGCGUCUAAAUCAGUAUGAUUUAUUAGGUCAAACUGUGGGCAGUGAACUUAUCCCUUCAAACACAGGCGAAUAUGUAAUAAUGACAGCACAUUUCCAUUUGAAGAGAAAAAUCGGUUAUUUUGUCAUUCAAACCUAUCUCCCCUGCAUUAUGACUGUUAUCUUAUCCCAGAUGUCAUUUUGGUUGAACAGAGAAUCUGUCCCAGCCAGAACAGUGUUUGGUGUAACCACGGUGCUGACAAUGACAACAUUGAGCAUUAGUGCACGGAACUCUCUGCCAAAAGUAGCUUACGCCACUGCGAUGGACUGGUUCAUCGCUGUGUGUUACGCAUUUGUCUUUUCUGCUCUGAUUGAAUUUGCAACAGUAAAUUACUUCACCAAACGAAGCUGGGCAUGGGAUGGGAAAAAAGCAUAUGAAGCUUUUCAAUCUAAGAAAAAAGAAGCCUUGGCAAAGACUAUGAACAAUGCUUAUGCAAUUGGAGGAAUGACCUACACCCCCAACAUUACGAAGGACUCUGUCAUCCCAAGUAUUUCAAAGAGUACGGCUGUGCAAAUGAGGGCUGAGGAAAGGGCAAGUGAAAGUAAGAAGUCUUACAACAGCGUCAGCAAGAUUGACAAAAUGGCCCGGGUUGUGUUUCCUGUUCUUUUUGGAAUAUUUAAUUUAGUUUACUGGGCAACAUAUUUGAACAGAGAUCCGGUUAUAAAAGUAGACACUGCUCCAAAUUAAACAUUCAGGAGAUUAACUGUACAGUACACUGUACUUUCACCAUAUUCUUAGGCAUCAAAGUUAACAGGGGAAGAUUUUAAGAUUUUAAGAUGUUUUUUCAUAUUCUUUGCAUGUCAUAAACAGAUUAUGUCAGAUUUGCUUUGACAAUUUCUAUAUUUAAAUGCAAACAAAGGGCACAACAAUUUAAGAAUGCUGCAA